AUGCAAUUGGAGGAUUGGCUAGAUGACCUUUGUGUCCGAUUCAUCAUCAACUUGCCCCCGGAAGAGCUUCAAUCAGUGGAGCGAAUAUGCUUCCAAGUCGAGGAGGCACAAUGGUUCUACGAAGACUUCAUUCGUCCUCUCAACCCGUCGCUCCCUUCUCUUACGCUGCGGGCCUUUAGCCUACGGAUAUUUCAACAUUGUCCGCUGUUUUCACAAUGGUCUGCCCAGCACCAUACGACCGCGUUUGCGGAAUUCUUGGCGUACAAAUCACGCGUCCCAGUCCGUGGCGCUAUUAUGCUCAACGAGGCUAUGGACGAGGUAGUCCUUGUCAAAGGCUGGAAGAAGGGCGCCAACUGGAGCUUUCCCAGAGGAAAAAUAAACAAAGACGAGGGUGAUCUGGAUUGUGCGGUGCGCGAAGUCUACGAAGAAACGGGCUUUGACAUCCGUGCAGCAGGUUUGGUCAAAGAUGAAAAGGAUAUGAAAUAUAUUGAGGUUACAAUGCGAGAACAGCACAUGAGGCUGUACGUCUUUCGGGGAGUCCCCAGGGAUGCACAUUUUGAGCCCAAAACUCGGAAGGAAAUCAGCAAGAUCGAAUGGUACAAGCUGACAGAUCUGCCAACUUUGAAGAAAAACCGUCAGCAGGAGGGCAGUGGCACGGAUCAACCGACAAUGAAUGCCAAUAAGUUCUAUAUGGUGGCCCCUUUCUUGAACCCGCUCAAGAAAUGGAUCGCACAACAGCGGAAGAAGGAGAACAGAUACAGUUCUCAUUUAGCGGCGCCCCCAAUGGUGCCUGAAGAGGUUACAACUGAGGAUGAUCAGGACAUCAAUGGUGUCUCCGCGACCUUACCUUUACCGUUGCAUACUGUCAGCGAUCUCCCCGAAGUCACUGCGGCAGACCGCUUUGAUCCUACAUCGCACUUGAAACAAAUACUCAAUAUCGGAACCGUACAGCCUGUCCAAGGCGAAGACAUACCACAGGCCAGCCACAUGCAACAUGUUGACGCCCAAAAGUCGAACGCUCUCCUGGCUCUUCUGCGCAACCCGCAGCAAGGACAGAACCGCCCCAUACCCCAGACACCAUUGGAACAAAUAACGACAGUGCCACCGCCGCAACAGUCGCCGCACGUUUCUCAUGUCCGUCAGUCUCAAAUGGAUCAAAAUCGACCUCCUCCACUAUUCCAGCCACCUGUGCACCAGUCCAGCAGGGACACGGAACCCCCGACAACAACAUCACCCAAAACCUCUCAGUGGCACCCCCCACAACUGCAGAGCGCACCAUAUCAGCGGACUGGCGACCCACAAUUCGCUCUGCAAGGGAAGGAUAAAGCUCUGCAACCUAUCGUCCCUCCAGCAAGUGCGCUACCAAAGCUCACGAACCAUACAAAGGCAUUACUAGAUGUCUUCAAAGGGACGGGUAACAUGGCACCGGCACCACCCCCGCCCGAGUCGUCGAAGAAAGGCUUACUAGAGCUUCUCACGGGCGGAGGUUCCCUUGCAAAAGCUGCUCAGCCAAGUCCUGGAGCGAUAGGAAGUGACUUGGCCAAUUUGGCGCACCGUACACAGAAUUCGAACUUUGCGCAAUCAACAAUAGGCCAAGGCCCCCAGCCCACCUUUGAGCAGAGGGUUUUACAUCAGCACCCGGCGAUUUCGCCCCGGGUUCCUCCCACGCAGACGCAUAAGACAUCUCUAUUGGACCUAUUGACCAAAGGUAAUCAAGCAGGACAGGCUGUAGAAGUCAAGCUUGCAAAUCAGCUACCAGCCGAACUUGCAGCUACACGCAUAAAGUCACCAUCUGGGCAUGAGAUCGACGGCAAUAAGAAUGAACUUCUUUUGUCGCUUCUCAGCAAAGGCCAUCAGGAUAGGACGACGCAAGCAAGACCUGUAAAGCAGACGCUUGUCAAACAAGGCGAAACAUCGGCUACAAUCAAUGGGCCGCUGAAUCAACCCGAAUUCGAGGCCAUCUCUAGGGCAAGCCGGCAAAUGUCAAGCGAUAUGAGACGAAGUCCGCUCACAUCCCAUCGAACUCUCUAUGAUCCCAAUCAGCCUGUGCCGAUGAAGAUCUUGACACGAUCAGACGAGGCUCGUCAACAGCAGCAGUCUACACCACCGCGGUCUCCUCGCACCAUGAAGCCACCCCCGAAGAGAGCAGCCAAAGAAAAGGUGUCACACAAGCCAUCUAACAAGCCAUCUAACAAGCCAUUUCAACCGCAGAUACUCCGUCGUCCGCAGACAGCAGAUUCGUCUGAGCCAGAGUCAACUGCAAGUAAGACCAGGAAUCAGGAGGCAGUCCAGACGAACGCGGUCUCAUCUCCAUCGACCCCCGAUAACUUGACUGUUCAAGAAAGACCGCCUGUGAGUCGACAAUCGUCUCAGUCUACUUCUCAAAAGCAAGCACUACUAUCGCUCUUCAGCGGAGGAAUAGAAACCACGCCCAAAGCAUCUGCAGUUCCGCCCGCUUCAGGCCUAGUGUCACCAUUGUCUGCUAGUCAGCUCAUGAAUCCUAAUAGCGAGGGCUUGCCGCAUGGUAUCGAUCCUAUUUCCACCCGUACAUCACGAGUUGGGAGCCUGGCUUCGAUCACUGGUGGACCCGUUGCCAAUCGUGCGACCAGCGAGAAACGCCAGACAGGGGCCGAGAACAAAGCCUUUUUGCUGGGAUAUUUGGGAAGGAUUGCGAGCCAGGAGAGCCAAGAGUAA